GGCGGCGCGCCAGUCUCCCGCGGCCCUCGCAUCGAACACACGUCGCGACAUCGACAACUAUCGACAAACCCCCGACACGUGCGUCGCACAACCCUAUUUUGAACGUUCCAAUUUCAAAGUGUUGUCAAAGUGGCACGGGAUUUUUUCUAUACACAAAUCGAUCUCGUACGCUGUACAGUGGUGUAGUGCAGUGACUCCGAGGAUAUGUGUUGUACCGAGCGCAGGUGACAAUAGUGUUUACAUGUCAGUGAGUGGUGGACGAUGAUCGGACGGGGUUGGAACACGAGCCGGCGGAAAAUUAAAGACUGGUCCAAAAUGGCGACGAAUGUCGCGCCGCACAUAUCACGGACGUCUCUAGUUUGUGUGUUGUUGGCUUUAAUAAGUACGAGAGCGAAAGCAGGCGACUUGUGGCCGAUGGAGCGGCCCGAAGGCAUGCCGGUGAUACAAUCGCUAGAGGUCAUGUGCGGGAAAGAUCACAUGGACGUGCACCUCACAUUCUCCCACCCGUUCGAAGGCAUCGUUUCAUCGAAAGGACAGCACGGCGAUCCUCGUUGCGUUUACGUGCCACCGUCGACGGGUCAAACGUUCUUCUCCUUCCGGAUCGCAUAUGCUAAGUGCGGUACUAAACCUGAUCUUCAUGGCCAGUUCUACGAGAACACAGUAGUGGUGCAAUACGACAAGGAUCUGCUCGAGGUGUGGGACGAGGCGAAGAGAUUACGAUGCGAAUGGUUCAACGACUAUGAGAAGACAGCCUCCAAGCCGCCAAUGGUUAUCGCUGAUUUGGAUGUCGUGCAGUUGGAUUUCAGAGGAGACAAUGUUGACUGCUGGAUGGAGAUCCAAGCUGGCAAGGGUCCGUGGGCGCCGCCGGUAUCUGGCAUUGUUCCCCUGGGCUCCACAUUGACUCUGGUCGUCGCCAUCAACGACUACCGAGGAGAGUUCGAUAUGAGAGUGAAAUCUUGCGCAGCGUCAGAUGGUUCUGGGCAUAUCAUACAGCUGUCGGACGAAUAUGGCUGCGUGUUGCGUCCCAAGAUGAUUUCUAGAUUCCUCAAGGCGAAAGCGGUUGACGAACGAGCAACCGUGAUCACAUACGCAUUCUUCCACGCAUUCAAGUUCCCCGACGCGUUGAGUGUGCAUAUACGCUGUAAGGUGGAGAUUUGUAGGCACGGGUGUUUGGACCACUGCCAGCUAGCUGGCAUCGCUCCGCAAAGACAUGGCGCUUUGGACAGAAAGGAUGACAGGGCUCAUCAAGAUCAUAAUGAUAUCGGCGACAAUGCUGUAGAAGAAUCGGAUCUAAGCUUGGCUGAAGAUCACCAACGCCUUCCCCUAGAAGAAGCCUUCGGUGAUGAAGUUUCUGGUGACGCUGUUCCUGCACCCGCACCUCAGCGCGCCCCAGCUCCGGUUGUAGAAUCAAAUGCUGAUCGAAUGUCCGCAGUUGAAGAAUUGGUUGAAGCUCUGGCAAGACCUUUCACUGACCGUCCAUCAGACUUAGGUGAACGUGAGCGCUUCCCUCACGGCCCAAGAAAUUUAGAUGCUAAUAUAAAACCAGAGCCUUCUGGCGAUGCAGUUGUCCCAGCAAAACCUCCAGGACCAGCUGUAGCAGGACCUAGGUCUUUACGCAAACGUCGUACAGUUCGUGAAGGUAGAUCCGCAGAUGUUGGAGUGUCAGGAAUCUAUGACGUUGUGUCGGAAGCUGAUCUUGCGUUUGGUCCGUCAAGGGAACCUGUCACGGUUUUCAGUGGAAGAAUACGGGAAGAGGUUGUAUACGGCAUUUGCAUGGGUGCGGUUAGCUUCGGAGCAUUAUUUGCAUCAGCAGCUGGUGCCGCAGCUGGAGCAGCAUUAGCAGCAGCAUUCUUACUGCAGAAACUCCGUUCAAGAAUGGCUUCACAAACCCCACCACCUAUGUCACCGGCAUCGGCAUCGCAUUCUCUAGCUGCGUGGAUGGCGCUAAGAUUAUUAGGAUCCCCUCCACACCCUCAUCAUUCGCGCGAGGGCUAACAAAAUAGUGUGUGUUAAUUAAUACACAUUUCUUUAAGACUGUUUUAUUAGGAUUUUUAUCAUAACUUGUGGCUAAACAGUCCCUUAAUUUUUUUUUAGUAGAUUGACAUUUUUUUUUUCAAAACGCCGAGAUUCUUUGAGAUAUUUUAAAUCUAUUAUUUGAACUGUAUCGAGAUAUUCUGAUUUCAUUACUCCAUUUUUUAGUUUAGUUAGUAAAGUUUCUUUAAACUUGCUUAUUUUCAGAUUUCAUAAUGCUGCCUUAUUAAAUCAAAACCCGUUUAAAUCUUCAUAGGUUAACUUGAUCCCAGAAUUUUUAGUCUUCGUAUUGGUCAGUCAAAUAUAUUUUAUUAAGUUGUACCUAAAUCAUUUCAUUUGUAAUAAUAACACUUAGAAUUAUGAAAUUAAAGGUUCUAGAUUUGCCUCGUAACAAUCGAUGGUGCUAAGUCGUGCUACGGACAUAGUCCAAAACCUGAUUGUAUUCACUUCACUGUUGUGAGCAUUUUGUAAGUUUUAUUUAUAGUUAAAUGUUGUACAGAUUAUAAUAAUCUUAUUUUUAUACUAUUCUAAAAAGUGUUCUUUACAUAAUAAAAUAGGUAGGAAUAAACGUCGAGUCAUGCCAUUAGGAUAAGUUUAGUUAAAACAAUUUUUGGAGUUUAUUAACUUUUAAAGCAAUCGCACCCAUAUACGAUUUGACAAUCAUAACAUUUGUGACGUCUAAGUUAAACUGUUCCUGUAUAGAGAGGUGUCACAAAUGCAAAUAACGUCACAAUUACAUUUUGUUAUAUUAUAGAGAUACCAGCACCUAGAUAUUUUCACGGGAUAAAUAAUAUAAUUUCUAUAUCGCUUGAUUAGUUAAUUUCGUAAUCAAUUGCAAUUACUUCAUGAUUUAUAUUUUUGGCGAAAUUGCGCACCGUAAUAAAUUUUGGCCUAUUUGUUAAUCAAUAAUAUCAUCAUCUCAACCAAUUGACGUCCAUAGAUGAUUAUAGGACUUUCGUAGCAAUUCAUUUCCACAUUCCUUGAUACGUUUGGGCCCAGCGACUUCUUUGCGAAUCGCUUGAUACUGUACAAAAACCAGGUUUUUCGAUACGAGGUUGCCACUCCAAUUUGUGACCCCGACUUUAAUUAGUAUCCUAAGAGGUGCCCUGCUCAUUACAACUAACAGCAGAACACGUGGUUUAAUUCAUGUUAGCAUAAUAUGACUCAGAAACAUUUUAAGAUCGAAGCAUUAUUUAUUAUUUUUAAUAGUGUGUAGAAUUAGAUUUACUAAUAAGGUUUUAUGUGUAAGAAGUUUGUAAAUGACCAGAACAAUAAAAGUGAGGUUUCAAAGGACAAGUUACUUUCAGCGACGCUAACAAAAGCGUGUAAGCUGAAUAUAUUUAAAAAAAAAAUAUGAUGUGUGAUCAGUGAGAUGUUUAACCUAGAUACCGUACUGCGUCACAAAAAUGGUAUCCAAGUUUAUCAGUACAGGCAGAAUUAGAAUGCAGGUCCGAAUCUGUCUGCAAAGUUUGAAAGUGCUUAGCUUUGUACGAUAUGCAUUGUGACGUAACUUUUGACAUCUCUUCGUAUAUAAAAACUGUCAACCAACAUAUGUAACUGUUUGUUUUUUUGGUAAUAGUUUCUGUUGUGAUAAGAACGAGAAGCAGGGCGCAGGUCAUAUUGCUUGCUUGCUUGAAUGCAGCCCUAAGUUCUUAUGCAUUGCCACUGGAAGGGUGUGGAAACUAGUUUAAUAAUAUCAAGUUACGUAACUCAUCAUGCAUGAGUAAUAGAGAUAAAAAUUUGAGAGAAAAGAAGUUGCGUAUCAAAACUCAUUACGGAUGCUUUUUUGAGGCCGGCUUUACAUGAUCUAUCCCUCUACAGGUAGUGACAUCUCACUGAUAGCGAUUUUAAAUGAAAUUUAUAAAUACUUACUCAUUAUUGCUCUGUAAUUAUUAUAGGGGUUGGGACCAAUAUGUUUACUGUUGCACAACGGAAAUUACAAUUAAGCACUGCCUAUAACAUUUUUUAUAAAUUUUAAAAUGCAUAUAAAAAUUUUGGAACUGACAGAAUCGCGGCCUGUAUAAUUUCUGACAAUGGCGGUCUGAAUAAAAAAAAGAAAAUUAGUUAUAAUAUAUAAUCUCCCUUUAUCUGAGCUCUAAAUAAAUUCUGAUAAUAAACGUUGAAAAAUAAAACAGGGAAUUGCGAGGUUUCUAAACUAACUUUUAUUUAAACUUAUAAUAUAUUGUAUUUUUGUUAGUUAAUAUCCAAAAACAGUUUCAAAAUAGUAUUUUACUUGGUCCUGACUCGUAAAUGUUUUUUUAAAAUGUAAUGUAUUUAAUAAUAGUAAUAAUAAUA